AUGGAGGACGACGAAGCUCUUCCAACAGUCACCAUGGCAAGCGAGGACAUGCCACUGAUGGAGACUCCAACAUCACGCGGGCCCGAAAAUACCCUACCAGAUGCUGAACCAAUGCCGCCCGCCGGAAAGACCCUAGAUGCAGGACAGAUUGAAAAAAAGUCCUUCCCUCAACCUAAGGUCUACCAAGAAAAAGUACUAGUGUCAGCUGAGAGCUCUAGUUCAUCCUGUCAGCUCCCAACAGACUCCUCUAUGGAGGCAUCGCCUGUCCGGGACUUGAUUGUUGAGGCUGCUCGGACCCUCUACCAACUCAGCCAACACCAGGACGGCGUCCCAAAGGCUAUACACAAACGAAUUCUUCGGUCAUUGCAUAGCACCCAGCCGGAGGCACUAGCCGCAUCUACGAGUAACACGUAG